ACGAAGAUGGCGGCGGUGAUGGAGGGGCUAGUGCAACCCGGCACGAGUCGCCGGUGAGCGCCUAGCGUGCCCCGGGCGGCCGUGCGCCCGUGGAGCUCUGUCCGCUGGCGUCUGAACAGAUCUUUCCUCUCCACCCUUUCCCUGCCUGCCCCGCAGACGACAUGGAGGACGAGGACGAGGAGAGACAGAGGAAGAUCGCCCAAGGCGGGGCUUUGCUUGCUGAGUAUAGAGAAAGACAAGCCCGACGAGAAGGGAAAAAGAAGAAAAGUGUAUCAAAGUGUAAACAAGAUGUACACAGCUUAAAUAUUAAUCAACAAAAUAAUGAGACCUCCAUAAAUAGCUCUCAGUGUGUAGAAUCAGCUGGGAAUCCUGAUUCCACCAAAAUGAGAGCUGGACAAAUAGAAACGCAAAAUGAAGUCUUUGUUAAAGACCCACAUGGUGAAAGGAGAGAACCAGCUCCUGAAAGUUGUCAUAUGCCUUCCAUGCCUGUGCUGCACACAUACUUCAAAUCAAUUGAUGUAAUACAGCCUGAAGGUGAAAUUUCUUCCUUAGCCGACAACCAUAGUUCUUUAGAGGAAGAAGAAUUUGAUAAUUGUUCUCAACAAGGAGCUCAGUGCAGUCAGACCUAUCUGGAGAUGAUGGAAAAUGAAUUGGCUGGAAAGCAGCUUAGGAUCGAAGAACUAACUGGAGAACUGGAAGCCAGGAGAGCCACCUGCGGGCCUGAAGUAAUGCAGAGGUUAUACGAAUUUGAAGCUGCCGUUAAGCAGAGAGACUGCAUCAUCACUCAGCUGAUUGCUAACCUACAGCAGGCUAACAAAGAAAAGGAUGAGACAAUGAGAGAGUUUUCCAAGUUAACCGAACAAAGUCAGAAAUUACAAAUUCAGUUCCAGCAUUUGCAGGCUAGUGAAACGUUGCGUAGCAACACUCACAGCAGCACUGCUACAGAGCUACUUCAUGUCAAGCAACAAGUCAUGGCUCAGCAGCAGCAGCUGGAAGAACGAGACAGACUAUUAAAGGAUCAUCAGAAACAGGAGGAGGAGUUCAAAAUACAGAUAACUGUUCUGCAAGAGAAAAUUAAAGUGUGUGAAAUGGAACAAAAUAAAAAAGUAGAAAGCGCUAAUAACAAAAUAGAGGAGAAGCAGGCGAUUAUUGAAGCGCUGAAUACAAGACUAGUAGAAGAAGAGAGAAAAACUGCUGCGCUAACUAAUCGAGUGACAACUGCUGAUCAGUUAGUAGGAGACUUAAAAGGACAGCUUGAGGAGAAAGACCAAGAGACCAAAAGCUUAAAGCUUGAACUAGCCGAUUUUAAGCAAAAAGUGGAGCAAUCUUCCAUAGAAAUGAAACAGUAUAUGGAGACAAUUGAAGAGCUACAAAAGAAAAAUUAUGAAGUAAACUUUUCAGAAACUGGCAUAAUGCAAAAAAUGGAAAAAGAAACAGAACAGAAAUUAGCACAGCUCCAAGCGGAGCUAGAUGAGGAGUAUGGAAAACAGAUUGUGCAAAUGAAGCAAGAAUUAAUAAAACAACACAUGAACCAGAUAGAGGAUCUUAAAUCCCAGCAUAAGGGAGAAAUGGAGAACACUUUAAAAUUACGCGGAAAUCCAGCGGUUAAUGACGAGCAAGUAAAGUUACUGAGUGCAACAAUGAAUGAAUUGAAUAUGAAAGUACAGCAUACUCUGUAUCAAAAGGAGAAAUUCAGGGAAGAGCUGCGGGUAGUAAAGCUGGAAAAGUGUGCUCUCCAGAGUCAAUCGAAUGCUCUUCUAGAAGAAUUAAGUGCUUUAAGAGACCAAAUCCAGAGAGCCAAGCAGACAAUAUCUGAACAAGAAAAUAAACUGAAUGAAGCCGGCAAGUCCCUCAGCAUGGUUGAGGACUUAAAAGCUGAGGUUACUGCUGCAUUUGAGUCCAGGAAGGAACUCGAAUUAAAACACGAAGCAGAAAUUACAAAUUAUAAGAUAAAACUUGAAAUGUUAGAGAAAGAAAAGAACGCAGUCUUAGAUAAAAUGGCAGAGUCCCAGGAAGCUGAAUUGGACCGGUUGAGAACGCAGCUCCUCUUCAGUCAUGAAGAAGAGCUUUCUAAACUAAAAGAAGAUCUAGAAGUUGAACACCGAUUAAAUAUUGAAAAACUUAAGGAUAAUUUGGGGCUUCAGUAUAAGAUGCAGAUAGAUGACUUACAAAAUGAAAUGAGUAAGAAGAUGGAAACUAUGCAGUGCGAGAAAGACAGCUUGUUAAGUAAGCAGAGCCAACUCAUUUUAGAGAUUACUGACUUAAAAGACUUGCAGGAAUCACGAAAUUUUCAGAUGAAUGAAAUCAAAAAAGAAAUUGAGACCCUCAGACAAGAAGAAAAGGAAAAGGGUACCCUUGAACAAGAAAUUCAGGAGUUACAACUUAAAACUGAACAAUUAGAAAAAAUACUAAAAGCAAAAGAGGAGGACCUACAAGAAAAAUGUGUAGAACUUGAAGUAGAGAAUAGCAUUCUUAAAGAUGAGAAGAAAGUUCUCGAAGACAUGGUGAAAGUUUAUACUCCUGUGGAAGAAGAAGAAAAAUUAAUUGCUUUAGCUUCUGGUACAUACACAUCAAAAGACUGUAGUUGGCAAAAAGAGAUUGAUACACUUAGAAAGGAAAAGGAAGACCUAAAACAGCAAUGUAUUCACCUAAGUAAGGAGAUUGAGAUGCAGAGGAAUACAUUUUCCUUUGCUGAAAAGAACUUUGAAGUUAAUUAUCAAGAGUUACAGGAGGAAUAUGCAUGCCUCCUCAGGGCAAGAGACAUCCAGACUAAGCAGGCAUUGGAGUAUGAACACAAAGUCAAAGCCCUGACUGAAGAGCUGCAAUUGCAGAGAGGAGGGCGGGUGAUGCAGGAAGGGUGCCAUUCUCAAUUAACUGAUGCUGCAACUUUUAUAACUGAACCAUUGGAAGUCAGGGAAUUAGUUGAAAAGGAUAACAUUGAAUUUAUGGAAAAGCUGAAAGUAACCGAACAAGAAAAACUAGAGCUCUCGGAGAAACUUUCUAUUCUCUCAGAACAGUUAAAGCAGACACGUGAUGAGGUUAACUGUCUAAGUGCAGAGGUUAAAUUAUUAAGUCAAGACAAGGAAGAGCUCUUGUCACGAUGCAGAGAGUUAGAGGCUCCCACCAAUGCCAAGGGGAUAGAAAACGCCGCUGUGUGCCCUGCGCAGUUGAGCUCUUGGAACACUGAGCGUACUACAGGAACGGAUGCCCAUUCUGGAGGAUGUGAUUCUAAAAUCAGUAAAGAUUCACCAGAAGAAUCAAAAAUAAUGAUCGAAGAUAAAAUUCCCUCUAAAGGAAGUGGAGAAGACUUGAUAUUGCCAACAGGAACAGCUGAACCGUCUCAUGGUGUAGUUGAGCCAUUCGAGAAGGAAAGACUCCAGCAGGAGCUUUGUGCUCUCAAGUCCACGCAGGAUGAUUUAAGGCUGCAGAUGGAAGCCCAGCGGAUUUGCCUUUCCCUUGUUUACUCAGCUCACGCAGAUGAGGUGCGUGAAUAUAUGGAGAAGCAAAGAGACGAAGCUCUUUGUAGCCUCAGAGACGAGCUUGUUUCUGCUCAAGAGAAAAAGAUGGACGAGCUUCAAAAAAUGCACCAGUGCCAGCUGCAGGCUCUUCAGACACAAGAAACAGGCGGUCAUAAAGAGCCUUUGCCUGUGCUCAUUGGACGACUUGAGAAGGCAGUGUCUGAGGAGUGCUGUUCUAUUUCAGAGAGUCUGAACAGUUUUCUUGAUGAACACUGUACUCCUUUAAAAUGUGAAAUGAAUAUAGAAGAGAAAGAGAAUUCUAAUGUUUACAAUCAAAAUCGAAAUCUAAAAUUACAAGAGUAUAGAUACCAAGUUCAAGAUUUUCAAGGUCACGUGCAAACCCAUCUCAGUAAAUUGUCAGAUGAAUACAGCAAGCUCGUGGCACUGCAGACGCGGUUAAGCAAGCUUACACAGGAUGAAAAUGACACAGAAAACGUUGAUGAACGUACAUCAGAAGAAACAAUAUUGAUGAGAAAACCUGAAGAUGAAACAAUUGAUGUAAACCUGUGCAGUGAAAGGAUCUGCAUUGAUUCGGUGGUAUUUAAAGAGUCUGAUACACAGGAAGCAGUGUUCCAUGGAAACUGUCUAAAUGAACAUAUCGCCAGCACCACAGAGGUAUUGUACUUAUUUGUCCUUCACCCCUCUAGCUCCUACAAUCCUGUCGUCGUGUCAAUGAGCAUAGCAUUUGCUCAGCAGACAGAGCUCACUAGACUAGCCAUAGAUAAAGCAAACUCUCUACAGUCAGAACAAGCACGUGCUCCGUGUUCGCAAGAACAGCCUUUUAAUGACAUCAAAGCACAGGCUCAGCUUGAUCCACAGAGUCUUCUGGGGGUUGACACGAAUUUGAAAGAACAAUUUAAACCACUUAGCCAUGAAUUAGAAGAACAUAAGAAAGAAGUUCCUCUGUCUAAUCGUGAGACUCUUGAAGAGGAAUCCCUAAAGUUAGAGGACCAGGGGCUGACUCUUUCACAAAAUCUAUUUUCCAAAGAUGAAGCAAUCACUGUUCUACAAAGUAUUCAUGAUGAAGUAUCAGAUAUGGAGACUUCUAGACAGUUGGAAGAUAUGCGGCAAGAACUUGUACGCCAGUAUGAAGAACACCAGCAGGCAACAGAACUGAUGAGACAGGCUCACGUGCAACAGAUGGAGAGACAACGAGAAGACCAGGAGCAGCUACGAGAGGAGAUUAAGAGGCUCAAUGAGCAGUUAGCCGAGAGCUCUUCACUCUAUAUUGACAGUGUGGUAUCAGAAAGAGAAAGAGUGCUCUUAGAGGAGCUGGACGCACUAAAGCAGCUGUCUCUAGCUGGAAGAGAGGAGCUGUGUUGUGAGCUGCGUGACAGCAGCACUCAAACACAGCUUACACAGGAUGAAAAUGACACAGAAAACGUUGAUGAACGUACAUCAGAAGAAACAAUAUUGAUGAGAAAACCUGAAGAUGCAGAAAUUGAUGUAAACCUGUGCAAUGAAAGACAUGCUCUUCAAAAAGCCAAUAGUAGACUUCUGAAGAUCCUGUUAGAAGUUGCCAAUACAACAGCGGCUGUGGAAGAAACAAUUGGCUGUCAUGUUUUUAAAAUUUUGGACAGAUCUAGUAAAGCGCAGCCAGCUCCCAGCCUGCCUUGGAGAACAGAAGCAGACUUAUGUGCAAAGCCUGGUUUCCACGAGGAAUGUGGGAGAGUUACGAAUGAGUCCUUACCCUCUUACCCUGGAAAUGCCAUAGCAAGAAAUGACGGCAAGUGGUCAAAUGUUACUGACAAAGAAUCCGAUCUAUCACAGCAGUUUGGAACAAGUAGUUUUGCUGGAUCUGAAGUGGACCCUGAAAAUGUACAAUUUAUGUUGAAUGUCAGCUCUCGACUACAAGCGGCAGUUGAAAAACUUCUUGAGGCCAUAAGUGAAACAAGCAGUCAGCUUGAACAUGCGAAAGUUACACAAACCCAGCUGGUGUGUGAAGCGGUGAGACAGAAACAGGAAGCAGCGGAGUCACUGAGAUGCAUAGAAGAGCUCCAGGAGAGACUGCAGGAUGAGUCCAGCGCCAGAGAGCAGCUGGCCGUGGAGCUGAAUAGAGCUGAAAAUAUUAUUGAUGGAUAUUCAGAUGAAAAACUUGCUUUUGAAAGAGAAAUUCAGGAAAAAUCGUAUGUGAUAGAUCACCUAGAGCAGCAAUUGUUACAUGCGAACCAGAGACUGCAAGACCUGGAAGCUGAACAACAGCAGGUGCAGGAGGAGAGAGAGCUGCUGUCCAGGCAGAAGGCAGCGAUGAGAGAGAUGGCAGGCCCAGUGGAGCAGCGAUUUCUGCAAGAGACAGAAAAGCUAAUGAAAGAAAAGCUCCAAGUACAAUGCCAAGCAGAAAAAGUACACAGUGAACUCCAGAAUCAAGUUAAAAUUCUCGAAAUUGACGUUGAAGAAAAGAUCAGUAAGCUAAUAGAAAUGGAGCAGGAGAAAAAUGCCGAAGUAACAGACCUAAGGCAGCAAAACCAAGCCCUGGAGAAACAACUAGAAAAUUUGAGAAAAUUUGUUGAUGAGCAGACAGUGGACAGGGAACAUGAAAGAGAUAUCUUCCAGAUGGAAAUACAGAAGCUGGAGCAGCAAAUUAAGGUGGUGCCUCGGCCUCAACCUGGCAGUGAGCAGCAAGCCAGAGAAAUUGAAAAGUUAACUAGUCAUCUCAAAGAGAAAGCAGGCCAGUGCAGUGAGCUGCUGCUGUGCAAAGAGCAGCUGCAGAGGGAUGUGCGGGACCGCGAUGCCGAGAUCGAGAAGCUGGAGUGCCGGCGGCGAGAGCUGGAGCACGCCCUGCUCGCUACUGCCGAGUCCACAGCAGAGAUAAACAACGAGAUGCAGUCUGGAGGUGUAGAGAUUGACCCUGGAUUAUCUUUAGAAGUUCAGUUGCAGGCUGAACGGGAUGCUAUUGACAGAAAGGAAAAGGAGAUUUCUAACUUAGAAGAGCAAUUAGAGCAAUUUAGAGAAGAACUGGAAAAUAAGAAUGACGAGGUUCAGGAGCUCCACAUGCAGCUAGAAAUACAAAGAAAGGAGUCCACCACCCGUCUGCAAGAGCUCCAACAAGAAAAUAAGUUGUAUCAGGAUGAAAUGAAAAAGCUGGAGUUUAUCAUGAAAGAAUCUGAUCCUACACCUCUUCCAGAUCAGCCUACGUUAUUCGAGAAAUUCGCACAAAUAAUACAAGAAAAGGACGCUAAAAUUGACCAGUUAAAUGAACAGUUGGCUAAAGUCCAUCAUCAGCUUAAACUUGCAACAGAUAAGGAGACAAGUGCUGAGGUAAUGCAUCCAGGUAGACACCAUCAACAUUUGGAUGAGCAUGAAGCUCUUGGAGCUGAAUCAGUGUCUCACAAAGAACUAGCCAGUUAUAAAAAGACAGAAAUAUUUGAUGACAAGCUUUUGGAGUCCUCCACUCCUGGGUUGACAUAUUCUAAUGCUCACCAAACUAGAGAAAUAUGUUCAAGUGAUUCUGAUUCUGAAUUGGACCAGUCUUUUGACAUAGCAUCAGAAGGUCAAGAAGAAUGUGAAAGUUCACCUGUAGUUCCAAAGGUAGUAAAGGGACUAUUGAGAGCUGUCCAUACCGAGGGCAUACAGAUGCUUUCAAUUGCGGACCUUCCCGAUGGUGAUGGACAGGACCCUUCACAGAGCGCUGAAUAUCAAAUGUCUAUGGAAUGUCUUCAGAGCAGAGAACAAGAAGCUGACGCUCCAAGCCAAGAACUCCUGGACCUUGGUAUACAGCAGUCUGGCAAGUUGGAGACCAAAGAACAACCAUGUGGCAUGAAAGACAAAAUGGCCAAGCUACAGGAACAGCUGAGUUCGGAAAAAACAGUGGUUUCAAAAUUAAAAUAUGCUCUUUCACGGACACAACUGGAGCUAGAAGACACGUUGAAGGUCCAGCAUAAACACAUAAAGGACCUGGAAGCGUUCAGGCUCAAAGUUCAAGAUAAAGUAGAUGAAGUUCAUUUACUGACUGACACGUUAGAAAAUGAGCAGAUGAAAUCACAAGAACUUCAGUGUGCUUUAGCGACAGAGAGAGCCAAGUCAGGCCACAGCGAAAAGCAGGACGAAGAACUUACGGAUCUCAGAUUCAUUCUGGAGGACCAGAAACAGAGGAAUAUACACUUAGAUAUACUUCUGGGACAACAAAAACAACUAUUAAAUGAUCUACAGGAAAAAAUGGAGUCACAGAAAAUAUUACAUAAUGCACAGUUAUCAGAAGAACAAGGCCGGAACAUAAUGCUCCAAGUUCUUCUAGAAUCUGAAAAAGUUAGAAUUCAGGAGAUGAAGGAGAGCUUAGACGAGGAGCGAGAGCUGCAUGCCCAGCUGAAGAACAGAGGUGAUGACCUGCAGCCCCAGCCAGUCGUUCCUCCUGCAGAACUACUUAAGUACCUACAAGAACAAGUAGAGGAAAAGCAAAAACGCAUAAUCGAACUUGUAAAUGAAUCUCAAAAAUAUAAACUGGAUUCUUUGGAAACUAAAUAUCAGAUGGAAAAGGACAGGCAGAUUCAUCAGAAAACCUUGCAGCUAGAAAAAGAAGCAAACAACCUGGGCCAGAGAAAAAUGGAGGAGCUUCAGGGCAAAGUGGAGGAGCUUCAGCUCCAACUAGAAGAGAAAAGACACCAGGUAUACAAGCUUGACCUCGAGGGAAAGCGACUACAAGCAAUUAUGCAGGAAUUCCAAAAUCAGGAGCUAGGGCGGGAGGAAAAACGGAGAAGUAAACGACUCAUAUAUCAGAAUAUUAAUGAGGAAGCCACCUGGAACGUUACUGACGACCGAACUAGAAAUUGGGUUCUUCAACAAAAAAUGGAAGAAACUAAAAACACAAGCUACGCAAAAGUGAUUGAAAUGAAUGGAGGAGCAAUUGUCUCUUAUAAUGAUGUAGACGUUAUCAGACAGAAACUUCAGCAACUGGCUACGAAACUUCAACUACACAUAGCCCAGAAAGCCUGUAACAGACAACAGUUUGAAGUAUCGGAUGAGGAUGUUUUAAAUUGGGUUCAAGAAAGAAUUGAUCGACUUAUUUUGCGAGUACAAAGACUAACUAGCUGUCCACAUAAUGAGCACAGCUCAGUAUCCUCCAGUACCUCUUGUAUGGAAACUGUAUUAAGACAAAACUCUGAACUAACAGGACAUGUUAACCAACUAACUGAGGAAAAGAACAACUUGCGGAACAUUAUUAUGCAACUGGAAGAACAGAUAAAGUUUUAUCAACAGACAAGCGCUGAUAGAAAUUGUGCCAUGUCUCUGCAGUUCUCUAUCGAUGCUUCAGAAAAAGAAGUCUGGAGCAACGAGAAGUUGACUCUUCAGAAAUCCCUGCAAAGGGCAGAAGCAAAAGUGUGCCGACUGAAAGAUGAACUGAAAAAUGACACUUUACAUCAGAAUAGGAGCCCUGAAAAUGCAGUCUUUAAGAGAAUUUAUGGUAAAUACUUGCGAGCUGAGAGUUUUCGGAAAGCCCUUGUAUUCCAAAAGAAAUACCUGCUGCUGCUCCUGGGGAGAUUCCAGGAGUGCGAAGAGGCCACUAUGGGGCUGCUUUUCCGCAUGACAGGAUUCCCAGGCUUCAACAGUCCUGAAACAGGCACCAGCCGCCCAAAGGGACUGGCCGUAUUUCGCAAGGCCAUCAGAGUGUCUAUCGCAAUUACAAGAAUGAAAUAUUUGGUUCAGCGAUGGCAUCGAGUCAAAGCUUCUGGCCCCAACAAUGUUAAUAGGGAUGGCUUUGGAGUGAGUCCAGGUGUUGAAAGGACUGAUCCACUUUAUCAUUCCACCAGUGGACUGGAACUGUAUCCAGAUCCAAGACAAAUGACACAUUAUAGUUCAAGAUCAGACCUGGAUUUCCCAAGGUCUCCCUUAUCAUUCAAUAGGUACCCAGGAACUGUUGUAGAUUUCAAUCCUGCCCUGACAAAUCCUCAGCUACAGCAGUACAACCCUGGCAGAACGCUGACAGAUUAUGUCACCCAGAUCGAUGCACUUCAGAGACGACUCGGAACUACUUUACAGUCAGGUUCACCUGCCUCCCAAUAUCAUACUGCUAUGAGGAGAUAAUUUUCAAAUCAUGCUGUCAUGAGGAGAAAGCAUUAACUAAAUUUUAAAUAGAUUCCCUUUGUAAAUCAAUGGCUCUUUCGUGCUUUUUUAUUGUGUAUAUUCAGUGGGACCAACCAAUACAAACACAUUUAUGGUUGUGUACAAAUCCGUGCCAGCACAUAAAGACAAACUGGAGUUUGUGUAUAUAAAACACCCACAGUAAUCAUUAAAUUACAUGUAUAUUUGUGGAAUGCUAAUUUAAAUGAUUAAAUUAUAAACUAUUUAUCAGAUGGGUGAAAAGAUUAAAGUUUUUCAAAUGAUAAUGCUGCUAGAUGUGUAGCUUGCAGUGUCCUGCACUUUUCUUACAAGGCUACAUGUUUCUGCCUAAUAUAUUUGCUACUGGUGAUGGAGACAUAACAUCACUUGGAGAGACCUAUUUUUGUAUAAUGGUAGAAGUUUUGAACUUUCCUGGGCUAUUUUGUCAAGAACUGAAAUAAAAAUGACUUCACCAUUUUCACCAUA